CCGCCUCAUUUCCAGGCCGCGCAGCCCCCCAAAUUCUGGGGCUGGCAGGCGACGCUGGGCGUGGCUGGCUGGAGCGGGACUCCAGGCAAGCGGGGCUUCCAACGCUUUGCUUGGAUUCACCCGCGUUCGCAGCUGCCCUUCGGAGUGGCGGCCUCUUCCUCGCCGCGGGGAUCUUGCGCGCCUUGCAAUGCGGGGUUCGGUAGAGCAGGCGUCCCCAAGCCCCGGGCCGCCUCCCCCCGUGGGAAAGCGGGCUUGCACGGAAGCCUUUCACCGCCUCCGCCCCGCACGUCGCUGCCCAAGGCCGGAAAGGUAGGGGACCCCUGAUGUCGAUCUUCCCCGAGGCCCCAUUGUCUCCUUUUCCCUCUCCAGAAGCCGAGAGGCCGGCGCCUCCUGCCCUCCAGCAGAUGCCCAGGAAGGAGAAGGGGGCCUCGGCUCCCCCCAGCUGGGCCAGGCGCCUCCUGGGCUUUGAACGCGGGGACCUGUCAGGCUGGCACCGCCUUGUCUGCUUGCUGAAUAGGCCAACUGAUCCCGCAGGCCUGGGGGUCUUCCGCUUCCUCUUCGGCCUGCUGAUGGCCCUAGACAUUCCCCAAGAGCGAGGGUUGAGCUACCUGGAUCACAAAUACCUCGAUGGGCUGCAAGUUUGUCGCUUCCCCCUCUUCAACUUCCUGGAGCCACUUCCCCUGGACUGGAUGUACCUUGUCUACACAGUCAUGCUGUUGGGGGCCGUGGGCAUCAUGCUGGGCUGCUUCUACCGACUGAGCUGCCUCCUCUUCCUGCUGCCCUACUGGUAUGUCUUCUUCCUGGACAAAACCACUUGGAACAACCACUCCUACCUGUACGGCCUCCUGGGCUUCCAGCUGCUGUUCAUGAACGCCAAUCGCUACUGGUCUGUUGAUGGUCUCUGGCAUCCACGGAAGAGAAACGCUCAUGUCCCUUUGUGGAAUUACACCGUUCUUCGUAUGCAGAUCUUCAUUGUUUAUUUCAUCGCGGGCAUCAAGAAGCUGGAUGCCGACUGGGUGGAGGGCUACUCCAUGGGCUCCCUUGGGAGGCAUUGGCUCUUCAGCCCUUUCAGAUUGUUGAUGUCAGAGGAACUGACCAGUUUAUUGGUGGUGCAUGGCGGAGGGCUUGUGUUGGACCUUACGGCUGGCUUCCUGCUGUUCCUGGAUGCUACCCGUCCCUUUGCCCUUUUCUUCGUCUCCUACUUCCACUGCAUGAAUUCCCAACUUUUCAGUAUUGGCAUGUUUCCUUUCACCAUGCUGGCCACCAGCCCACUCUUCUGCUAUCCAGACUGGCCACGUCGACUGAUUGCCUGCUUCCCUGCCUGGUUCCAAAUGUUUCUACCACUUACCAAGCCUCCGCAGCGGAGUCUGGAGUGUGUUUACCUGGAAAUGGAACAACAAAGGCCCAAGGGAGCAGCUAAGAAAUUGGGGCUGCGGCAGAAGCUGGGCGCCAUUUUUACUGUUCUGUAUAUCUUGGAGCAGUUCUUCCUACCUUACUCACACUUUAUUACCAAGGGCUACAACAACUGGACAAAUGGGCUGUACGGCUACUCGUGGGACAUGAUGGUUCAUUCACGCUCCCACCAACACGUGAAGAUUACUUAUCGUGAUGGUCGCACUGGGGAGGUUGGCUACUUGAACCCUGGGGUCUUCACACAGAGCCGGCGCUGGAAGGACCAUGCAGACAUGCUGAAGCAGUAUGCCACUUGCCUCAGUCAUCUGUUGCGUGAUUACAAUGUCUCGGAACCAGAGAUCUACUUUGAUGUUUGGGUUUCCAUCAAUGAUCGUUUCCAGCAAAGGCUCUUUGAUCCAAACACUGACAUCGUCCAAGCUCACUGGUCCCCCUUCCAGAAGACCCCGUGGCUAAAGCCUCUUCUCAUUGAUCUGUCAUCCUGGAGGACCAAACUGACGGAGAUUGAAAAGACGCUGGACAACCAAACCGAGGUUGUCUUCAUUGCAGAUUUCCCAGGGCUUCACCUGGAGAACUUUGUGAGUGAGGACCUCGGCAACACCAGUCUCCAUCUGCUGAAAGGGGAAGUCAAUGUGGAGGUGGUCAGUUCGCAGAAGAAUUAUUCACUGCAGGAGGGAGAGAAGAUCCAGGUGAGGGCCAGGCUGAAUGUCAUGUGAGGAGAACAUUUUUCUCUGCAGUUGAUGCACUGAUAAAGAAGAGGGGAAAUAGGUAACACCACCUCC